AUGGCUGCUUUCGAAGAUGUCACUUAUGUGAAAUUGUUCUCUGAGUUGAAGAUUCGGUAUGAACAACAACGUGAUCGUGAAAAAGCAGCGAAUGCAGUGAAAGAUGAACGUGUGCCGAGUCCGGCUGCCUUCGCCAAGGAGAGACAGGAAGAACAGUGGUUUGAUGGCGAUGAAGAUGAAACUGAAGUGAAGAAAGAAGCAGCAGAGAAGAAAGAAGCAAAACGAGAUGAUACCCCAAGAAAAACUGGCAUCGAGCCAAUGUUCCCAUCAGUGCUCAAGCGAAAGAAUGCUUUCGAUGAGGACGAUGGCGCGGUGUUCAGCGGUCAACCAACAACUCCGCUAGCACCUGUCAAUGCGCAGUCUGAAAAGAAGAUUGUGAUCAAGAUGAACGAUCGAUCGCGGACACCAUCUCCUCUUGGGUCUCCUUGUUCAUCCACCUCAGUGUCACCAACCCCUCAAGCUCGCGAUGAUGAAGUAUCGUCUUCGCAAAAUCAUAGCAAAGAAAAUAGUCCAUCAAUGAGCAUCAAGUCCCUUGUCGACUACGACGAAUCCGAUUCAGACGAAGAUGAAAACAGUGCGCCCAACGACGCACUCCCAUCCUCGUCAACCGGAAGUCCGGUCCCGGCUCAGCUCGGUUCUACUACCGAGACCGACGGCAGUGCCGGAUCGGAAACAACGAAAAUCGCUCCAGCUCCACCAUCUGGUGACCUUUCGCCUUGUGAUGAUGAUGUUUCAUCCACAAGUGGUGAAGAGGAAACCACUGCUGCUGGUGGUGGAGAUAUGUUCGUACGACGAAAACGACCGUCAAAUAGCGAUUUCGAUGAGGAUCUAGCUAAGCGUAGUCGUGCCUCUCCAACGACAGAAACCUAA